UAACGGCGCCCGCCUCUCCCGGCCGUGCUUUCCCCACGUACUCGGAUGGCGGCGGCCGCACUGAGGCUCCCGGCUCAGCAGGGCACUGUGGCAUUUGAAGACGUGGCUGUGAACUUUUCCCAGGAAGAAUGGAGUCUCCUUAGUGAGGUUCAGAGAUGCCUUUACCAUGAUGUGAUGCUGGAGAACUGGGUACUUAUAUCCUCCCUGGGUUAUUGGUGUGGAUCAGAAGAUGAGGAGGCACCUUCUAAGCAGAGCAUUUCUAUACAAAGAGUGUCUCAGGUCAACACUCCUAGGGUAGGUGUGUCUCCCAAGAAGGCCCACUCUUGUGAAAUGUGUGGUGCAAUCUUGAGAGACAUUUUGCACUUGGCAGAUCAUCAGGGGACACAUCACAAGCAGAAACUGCACAGGUGUGAGGCAUGGGGGAAUAAAUUGUAUGAUAGUUCAAACCAUCAGCACCAGAAUCAGUACCUUGGAGAGAAACCCUGUAGAAGCAGUGUUGAAGAAGCGUUGUUUGUGAAGAGGUGUAAGUUCCAUGUGUCAGAGGAGUCAUCUGUCUUCAUUCAGAGUGGGAAGGACUUUUUGCCCAGCUCAGGAUUACUGCAGCAGGAGGCCACUCACACUGGGGAGAAGUCAAACAGCAAACCUGAGUGUGAGUCUCCCUUUCAGGGGGAAAAUACUCAUUACAGCUGUGGAGAAUGCAUGAAACAUUCUGGCACCAAACACAUACUUGUUCAACAGCAGAGAGUUCUCCCUAGAGAAGAAUGUUAUUGCUGCGAAUGUGGGAAAUCCUUUAUCAAAUAUGAUGGCUUCAGUAAUCAUCAGAGAGUUCACACUAGGAAAAGACCUUAUGAAUGUGGAGAAUGUGGGAAAUCUUUUAGUCAUAAGGGCAGCCUUGUUCAGCAUCAGCGAGUUCAUGCUGGAGAAAGACCUUAUGAGUGUGGAGAAUGUGGGAAAUCUUUUAGUCAAAAUGGUACCCUCAUUAAACAUCAACGAGUUCACACUGGAGAAAGACCUUAUGAGUGUGAAGAAUGUGGGAAAUGUUUUACUCAGAAGGGCAAUCUGAUUCAACAUCAACGAGGUCACACUAGUGAAAGACCUUAUGAGUGUGAAGAAUGUGGAAAAUGUUUUAAUCAAAAGGGCACCCUCACUGAACAUCAUCGAGUUCACACUAGAGAAAGACCUUAUGAGUGUGGAGAAUGUGGGAAAUCUUUUAGUCGAAAGGGACACCUUAGGAACCAUCAGCGAGGUCACACUGGAGAAAGACCUUAUGAGUGUGGAGAAUGUGGGAAAUCUUUUAGUCGAAAGGGCAACCUCAUUCAGCAUCAGCGAAGCCACACUGGAGAAAGGCCUUAUGAGUGUAGGGAGUGUAGGAAAUUAUUUAGGGGCAAGUCCCACCUCACUGAACACCAGAGAGUUCACACUGGAGAAAGGCCAUAUGAAUGUAAUGAAUGUGGGAAAUCAUUUCUAGACAGCUCUGGGUUUCGUGUUCAUCAGAGAGUUCACACUGGAGAAAAACCAUUUGAGUGCAGUGAAUGUGGGAAAUCAUUUCCUCAAAGCUGUUCCCUCCUUCGACAUCGGAGAGUUCAUACUGGAGAAAGGCCUUAUGAGUGUGGAGAAUGUGGAAAGUCAUUUCAUCAGAGCUCUUCCCUCCUUCGACAUCAGAAAAUUCAUACUGCAGAAAGACCUUAUGAGUGCAGAGAAUGUGGGAAAUUCUUCUUCAGUCUCCUUGAACACAGGAGAGUUCACACUGGAGAAAGGCCUUAUGAAUGCAGUGAAUGUGGAAAAACAUUUACUCGAAGAUCUGCGCAUUUUAAACAUCAGAGACUUCAUACUCGAGGAAAGCCUUAUGAGUGCAGUGAAUGUGGGAAAUCCUUUGCUGAAACGUUCAGUCUUACUGAACACAGGAGAGUUCACACUGGAGAAAGGCCUUAUGAGUGCAGUGAAUGUGGAAAAUCAUUUCAUCGAAGCUCUUCUCUCCUUCGACAUCAGAGAGUUCACACAGAAAAAAGUCCUUACAAGUGA